AUGAAACAUGCCAAAGUUCUUUCACUAGCUCUCAUAACAACAAAAUGGUCUAUUUUGCUCCUUUGUGUUACAUUUUCUCAAGCAAAUUCUCAAGAAACUAAUAAUAAUACACAAGCAGGCUUACUCUGCAUAAGUGAUUGUUCAACAUGUCCUGUUAUUUGUUCACCACCACCUUCCCCUAUCAAACUCAAGCCACCACCUUCGCCAUCAUCAGUACUAGUACAAGCACCACCACCGCCACCACUUUUCGCCCCACUCCGCCCCUCGCCAUCUCAGUCUUCUCCCCGUUCACCAUCACCCUCCUCGUCACAGCCAUCACCUAAAUCUCCACCACCAUCUUACAUUACAUAUACUGGUGCUCCUCCUCCUCCUUCUCAUUCUUCUAAUUGUCCUACACCUCCUAGUUCUCCUAAUAUUAUCAAUAUACCAGCAACUCAGGCGCCACCGGCCAAUGGACAGAAGAAUUACCCUUACUACUAUUUUUAUGUUUCAAAGGCAACUUCUUUUCCACUUCAUGGCUCCAUUAUUAUUGGAUUUUUGGUGGUCUUUCAUUUCUUAUGCAUUUGGUGA